AUGUUCCUGACCUCGGUCAUAAGCGAGCGGUAUCUCUGGGCAGAUGCGCUCUGUAUCCCUCACGCAAACGAGGAACUCAGAGCUGAGGAACUGAACAUGAUGGGCGCUAUCUACGGUAACGCAGUCGUCACAAUUGUUGCUGCAGAUGGCGACGCACAAGAUGGGCUUCGUGGUCUGGAAGGUGUUUCUCAAUCCAGAGACAUGAACCAACGCAUUAUUCUCUUCGGUGGUGAGCAACUUAUUGUUAGAAAUACAAGUAUUUUCGAGUUAUCGAGUUGGGGCGAUUAUUUUAGCCGAGGUUGGACGUUUCAGGAGCACAGUCUGUCGAAAAGAAAGAUAAUAUUCAAGAACAAAGAGCUGCACUGGCUGUGUCAGUGUAGCGUUUGGCACGAAGAGAUGAUUCCCGACGACGCUUUACCCGCUAUCUCUGGGUUGCUGUCAGUCCUGAGUCGUACAUUCACUGGCGGAUUCUUGUACGGCAUCCCGGAAAUGUUCUUCGAACGAGGAUUAGGCUGGAGUCCCCUCUGGAACCACUCGAACAUCCGACGACCUAAGUUUUCAGAACGAUUUGGAAAGGACCGUCCGUCUCGGGCAGGCUUACCAUCGUGGUCUUGGGUCGGCUGGCACGGUCUCAUUGACAUCUUCAUAUGCGGCGAGGCGGCUCGAAUCAACGGCGACCCACGUCGGAUUGAAGAAACAAUUCCGAUCACAGAGUGGUACACGAGCAAGUCUUCCAACGACUUGCCGGAAAAUAGAAGGAGAAUCAGGUCCACGUGUUUUGAAAAUCGCGAUAAUAACAAGGAUUUUGCGAAGCCAUUGCCUACUGGCUGGUCGUGCCACGACGCCCCCGACACAGGAUCGUCCUGGGGAGAGCCUCACUUGCACCCAGAUGGGUGUGGGAAAUACAUUUUCAAACAUGGGGACAUGCCCGAUACUUACGUGGGAUCGUGGUACUAUCCAUUCCCGGUCCCCGAUAUCCAUAACUCAACGCCGCCAGUCACGCCUGAGCAGACAUCCUAUUUGUUUUGCAAGACUUGGAGGGCGCGCCUCUGGGAACGACAGGCUAGCGAAGGAAAUAUUGCCAGAAUUUUUAAUAGCUCUGGGGAGGAUAUUGGCUCUCUGAAAUUACACAACGAAGCUGACCUGUCUCUCUUCCCAAGCAUGGAUUCCGAGGAAAUUCACGGGUUGCCGGUGGACCUUGUAGCUUUGUACAAGUCACGAGUAUAUUUGAAGAGGCGGUAUGCAGAUCAAAAGAAGCAUGAACACCCAUUUCAGAAAAAAGAUAAAUACAAAGUAUUAUGGGUGGAAUGGAAGGAUGGUAUUGCGUAUCGUCUUGCUAGCGGGCAGGUGAAGGCAGAAGAAUGGGAAAAGUUAGAACCGGAGAAGAUCGAGCUAAUUCUAGGUUAG